UGGUAAUUCCUUUCUUUUUAACAAAGAGAGGAAUAAAGGGGGCUGCCUGCUUCGUGAAUGGUGUUGGAAAUUGCUGAUAUAGAGGAGUUGGGAUAAAUGAAUUGUUAGGGAAAUCUAGGGAGCUUUUUGCACGUGUGAACUUGAGGAUGCCUAUGAGACCUCUAGAUGGAGAUGAGUGAACUUGAAGAUGGUCAUUAGACUUCUAAACGUAGCUGUAGAUGUUCUAGGCAACUGGAGACAGGAGUCAUGUAUUGAAGGGAAAUCAGAACUGGGCAUAUAACUUUGGGAAUGGGCUGCAUAAACCUUGAGUAGUAUUUAAAGCUUGGAUGACGUCUUGGAGCCAGUCAGAAAAGCUCCUGAAGAAGCCCUAGAACUGAGACCUAGGGGCCUCUCUAACAUUUAGAAUUUGGGGCCUGAAAAGGAUGUCAGCAAAGACUAGGAAGGAACAGACAGGGAGGAGGAGGAAAAUCAGGAAAACCAGGUGUCCUGGAAGCCAAGUGAAGAGUAUGUGUUCAGAUGGAGUGAUUAACUUUGUUGAAUUCUGCUGGGAAAUUGAGUAGGAUCAUCAGCUUUGCAAAUACUUUGCAGCCAAGCAGCACAAGAGCCAGGACCAUGUCUGUUUUCACUCACCAGUGCAGCUCAGUCCUUAGAGUAGUAAAUACCACUUAGUAAGUGCUAGAUAAAUAUUUGUAGCAUUAAUGCAAUAUAUAUAUGUGAAUAUGCACACACAUAUAUGUUAAUUGACAAGACCUUGGUUCUUCCAGUUAAGCAGGAAGAGAUGCAUUGGUUAUUACAAAUUAAAAAAUAACCUCAUCAGUAUUGGGGAGGAAACAGUGUUAAGUUAGCAAGCACAUGGAUAGUUCAUUCCAAAUAAUCCAAUCACAGAAUGUACCCUUGUGUAUAUUUUCAACUUCAUCUCUUAUAUGCUUAGUUGUAUUUAUUGAAGGAAAGCAUGUUAGAUUACCACUGUUGAGGGAAUUACAGUAUCCUUAUUAAAUUAAUUAAACUCCUUUAGGUCUGUUUCAGUUUAAACGAAGCACUUCAAAGGUAUCGCUAAGUUUUUCCCAACUGUUUGCAACAUGUAUUUCCCAAGUGCUAUAUUUUAAGGUUUUGGUGAUAAAGUUUUCUACCAGAUACUUAAAUUCUGCCUGCAGACUCAGGGUUAUGGAGUUCCUGUGGGUCUUGCAGAAGAAAACAUCAGCACCGUAAUGGCCAUAGCUGGAGUAAUGUUACUUCUAAGAAGUGUUCGACUGACAUCAAAAUUCACAAGUCCUUCAGAUAUUCCAGUAGAAUUUAUAAGAAGGAAUGUUAAACUACGAGGACGACUACGCCGAAUAACCGAGAAUGGUUUAGAGAUUGAACAUAUUCCCAUUACUUUACCUAUUAUAUCUUCAUGGAGAAAAGAGCCGUGUGGUGCUUUGCUGGUUAAGUUGGCUGGAGUAGAACUCACUGAAACUGGGAAGGUGUGGUUACAAAAAGAGCUAAACCCUUCCCAAGUAGUAUGGUUCCAACUUCUUGGAAAGGAGAAUUCAGCACUCUUUUGCUACCUUUUAGUGAAUAAGGGUAGAUAUUUUAGUGUGAGUCUGAAUGAAGAAAUUUUGAGAAGAGGCCUUGGCAAAACUGUUCUCGUUAAAGGGCUAAAUUAUGAUUCUAAAAUCUAUUGGAGAAUUCACAGAAACUUACUUAAAGCUGAAUUAAUAGCCUUAAAAAAAGGAGAAGGAAUAUGGAAGGAAGAAUCUGAAAAAGAAAGUUAUUUGGAAAAAUUCAAAGGCUCCUGGAGAGAAAUAUGGAAAAAAGACAGUUAUUUAAAAAAAAUUGAAUCAGAUUUCAACUUGAAAAAAGAAAGUUAUUAUGACAAAUUUAGAAGGACUUAUGAAACAUGGAAAGAAAACAUGAAUAACUACUCCUUAAUACUGAAGUUCAGAGAACUUCUGAGUCGCAUACACUUUCGUAGAAAAGGAUGAAAUAUUCCAAGAGAUCUGGAGGUGACUUACUCCCAAAAGAAUAAAAUAUAAUGGAUAAAUAUAAUGAAUAUUUUUCAUUGAGUUGAAAUGGGAAAUUUCCCCAAAUGAUCAAAGUUGCAUUCUAAUGUAUUUAAAUAUUUAAGAGAUGAUUCUUAUAAAUGUAAUAUCAGAAUAAUUUAAAUAAAUUAUGAUUAAUGUAAUAUCCUUUUAGGAAAAAUGAAACGCUCUGUAAAAAGUUAUCAGGUUGAGGGCGAUAUACAUGUAGUGAUAAUAUAUGAAGAGAGAGUUUAACUAUUGGCCAUUGUAUUAUUUUAGUCAUUUUGGGCAGCCGUAUUUAACUUUUGUUUAAAGAGAGUAUUUGUUUACUUUUGAUUACUUAUAAUAAAGGGACUCUUUAUGCAUCAUG